AUGAGGAAAAUGAAUCUAGAAGUGGUAGAAUGGGGAGUUCCAGCAGGCAUACUUGCGAACCUAAGUAUUCAACCAACAAUAUUUGAUGAGAUAAGGGAAAAUCAAGCAGGAGAUGUAAAGUUGGAUGGGAUUCGCGAGAAAAUAAAGCAAGGAAAAGCUACGGAUUUCAAAAUUCAUGAAGAUGGGAGUUUAAGGUACAAAGGUCGUUGGUGUGUACCACAAAAAUGUGAAGAGGUAAAGAGAAAGUUGAUGGAAGAAGGCCACAAUACACUAUAUUCAGUACACCCAGGAGGGGACAAGCUAUAUAAAGACUUGAAAAAGAUAGAUUCUAGGUUUCUUUCAAGCUUCUGGAAGAGUGUGCAGGAAAACUUUGGUACAACAUUUAAGAUGAGUACAGCAUUUCACCCUGCCACAGAUGGGCAGACUGAGAGAACCAUUCAAACCUUGGAAGACAUGUUAAGGGCUUGUGUUAAAGAUUUCCAAGGGGGAUGGGAAGAUAGCUUGGACUUAAUUGAAUUUUCCUAUAAUAAUAGCUACCAUGCAAGCAUUGGCAUGGCUCCAUUUGAGGCAUUAUAUGGAAAGAAGUGUCGCAGUCCAAAUUGUUGGAACGACAUAUGUGAAACAAUGAUCUUAGGGCCUCAAAUGAUCGAGGAUACAGUUAAGCAAGUAAAGGGACAUUCAAGCUAA